CUCGCCAUGCCUGAGUCACCUCGUUGGCUCGUAAUGCAGGGUCAACUCGGCGAUGCAAGGCGAGUUUUGAACAAAACCUUUGAUUCAUUAGAAGAAGCUCAGUUACGACUCGCCGAUAUUAAAGAAGCCGCCGGCAUAUCCGAACAAUGCAACAACGACAUAGUUGAAGUACUCAAACUCCCCAAAGGCGGCAAAGUAUGGCAUGGAUUGAUCUUCUCACCAACAUCGGCCGUCUGUCACACACUACUCACCGGCGUCGAAAUUUAUUUUUUUAAGCAAGCAAGUGGAAUCGAUGCCGUCAUUUUGUAUAGUCCGACAAUUUUUGGAAAAGCAUGUAUUAAAUCCAAUCACGACAAGUUGCUAGCCACCGUAGCUGUCGGAUUCGUCAAAACAAUUUUCAUCCUCGUAGCCACAUUCACGCUUGACAAAUCCUGCCGGCGGCCGUUACUGUUAACCAGUAUUGCCGAUUUAGGUUUUACAAUAAUGUUUGUCGGUAUGCGGGGAAGACCAAUUUAG